AUGCGUAGCAAACGUUCAGGACUUUCGCUCCGCUCUACCGAAUCGUCAUAUCAGACUCAGGUCACCACCCCCAGCCCCCCACCAACGGAGCUCGCGCUGCCUGCGCUGCAGGCCGCAAUUGCUGAACAUCCAGACGGUCUCGAGCCUCUUUGCGAGGAGGAAAUCGAACCUGGCAGCUUUGACCUCGUCUUACCGGAGAACGGCGAAGACACCGGCCUGUACUCGCUCGAGGAGCGAUCCGAGUUCCUAUUCUCCUCGGAACACCUGAGGAUAUUAUUUGGAGACUUCACGCUCUACCAGCGAUUUGCCACUUUCAUGAGCACCCAUCGACCAAAAUCCGUGCCCCUUCUGGUCUAUUACCUGGACACCGUCAAGGCAUUGGCGGCUUUCAAGUACGCCAAUGCCAUCAGUGAGGCGCUGGAGCCCCUGGACGCGUACGAUUUCACGCGAGACAACGCCGCCGCACCAAAAACGGUGAACGAAUGCCUGGAGAGGAAAGCCAAUGCCGCAUUCGAUGUGCUGGCCCAGGAGGACCUGCCCGCUUUCAUCACAAAUGUGUGGAUGCAGUUCGUCGAGGUUUCCAUACGGAGGCGUAUUGUGGGUUCCAUGCCUGCUCACUUGAAGGAUAUGUCGGAAGGUCUGGCCGAAACUUUCUGCCUCACCGACCCCUCCCGCCGCGACAACCCCAUAAUCUUCGCUUCUGAGGAAUUCCACAGGACCACACAGUAUGGCACCAAAUACGUGAUCGGCCGGAACUGCCGCUUCCUUCAGGGGCCCAAGACGAGUCCCUUCAGCGUCAGGCGCAUAAGGGAAAAACUCGAUGCUGGGAAGGAGCACUACGAAACAUUCGUCAAUUACAGAAGGGAUGGGUCCCCGUUCAUGAACCUGCUUAUGUGCACCCCUUUGAUGGACUCAAAGGGCAAUGUACGAUAUUUCCUGGGUGCACAGGUGGAUGUAUCAGGGCUAGCCAAGGAGUGUGCUGGGCUGGAUUAUCUGAAGCCUUACUUCGAGACUCACUACGAAGCCGACGACGACGAACAAAUUGAGGAGAGAACACCGGGGUCACAAGAAGAGGGGGAAGUCGAGCAAGAGGCCAAGGACGAGUUUCAGGAGCUGAGCGAAAUGUUCAAUCUGCGGGAACUGAACACUGUGCGCAAGCACGGGGGAGCGAUGUACAGGGCCCUGCAGGGCCAGGAGCAGACAAACCUGUCGAGCUGGCCCAAGGAACGCGUCGUGAUCGUCUCCGACUCGGACGGCGGCGGCAGCGGCGACAAUGACGGCGGCGACAAUGACGGCGGCGACAAGAGCAGCCCGGACGCCAUCACAAGCCCCCUCGCGCCGCACAAGGCCCCCUGGGCAGCACAGGACGAGGCAAGCCUGCCGCUGCGCUCCAGGCCGUCGACCCCGGCGGACCGCAGCGCGCUCAACCGGGGCGGCAACAUGCCAGGCGCGUACAGGAACUACCUACUUGUGCGGCCGUACCCGAGCCUCCGGAUCCUGUUCGCCUCGCCGUCCCUGCGCAUCCCGGGCAUACUGCAGUCCAGCCUCAUGGAGCGGAUUGGAGGCUCGGGACGCGUCCGGGACCAGGUCCAACAAGCAUUCGCCGAGGGGCGACGGGUCACCGCCAAGAUACGCUGGAUCUCCAGCCCUCGUCGGAAUGUUGAGUAUAGCCGUCCGAGAUGGAUUCACGCUACGCCUUUGCUCGGUAGCAACGGCGGGGUGGGCGUGUGGAUGGUGAUCAUAGUCGACGAGGAGGAAGACGAGGUGGCGAGCAAGUCGAUCAAACAGCAGAGGAAGCAGAGGCGGUUUGGGCUCUCAGCACCGCCGCUGGAGAUUGACACAUCAAGGGGAGCAACAUGA